AUGUCGCCCUUCUCUCGCCACAUCAACUCUCCGCCUGCCGACACCAGGGCCGUCAAGCACCGCGUCCACGAAGCCUUCCUCGAGAACAUCGUCCGCGUCCACCGCCACCCGUCCAACACCCCGAAUGUCUACAAUGGCAGCGCAGGCGAGAUCAUCGCCGACAUGCGCGUCUUCCUCGCCUCGCCCACCAAGUCCCUCCCCACCACCCCCACCUCUGCUCUCAUCGCGGUCCCCUUCCACGACCGCCACCACGGUUCCCGCGUCGCCUUCCUCGACACCCCCGUCGGCCCCGCCACCCUCGUCCUCGUCCGCCAGCUCCGCCUCCGCCAGGCCCCAGACUCGUCUGCCCACAAGCACGCCCGUCGCGGAAAGCUCGACGCCGACGUGCUCGAGCAGGUCGAGCUCGCCGAGACGUGGCUCGCCGCGGUCAGGCUGGUGGAACAGGCGGCGCAGGUCGCGGAGAGCGAGCCGUUGAGCGAUGACGGGUGCGAGGUGCUCUAUGGACGCGCGGGGUUGCUGUAUGCGCUCCUUUUCCUCCGCAACGAGCUCGACGUCACGCUCCGCGACCUCGCCAGGCAGGGGAAGGUCAAGGACAAGGUCGUCCGUACCGUGGAGGGGCUCUGCUCAGACGAAUGCCUCAAGGCGGUCGUGGAGGACAUCCUCAGGCGCGGCAAGUUCGGUGCGGAGUUGUAUAGAGAGCAGCUUGAGGAAAGCGAGAGGGAGAAGGCGCCGCGGCACAUGUGGAGAUGGCACAACUCGCGCUACCUGGGUGCGGCGCACGGCGUCGCCGGGAUCCUCCACAUGCUGGUCCACGCACCCUCAGCCAUCGUCCUCCCGCACUGGGACGACAUCCUGCACACAGUAGAGUGGCUGCUCGCCGUCCAGGAUCCGCUUGGCAACUGGCCGACGGAAGCUGGGCAGCACAUGGCGCACAUCUCUGGAGGUGCCGCUGUUCAGCCCGACACGAAGCGCCUCGGAGUCAACGAGGAGAGGGACGACACGCCCGUUCAAUGGUGCCACGGUGCACCCGGGUUCGUCAUGCUGUUCUCCGCGAUCCUCCGGCGCGCCGCGGCGUCUCCGUCGACGUUUGUGCUCCCAGAGGAGCUUCACACGUCCAUCCGCGCCGCGACGACCCGCGCGGGGGAGCUCAUCUACACCCAUGGGCUGCUGCGGAAGGGAGUCGGGCUCUGCCACGGGGUCGCCGGCUCCGUUUUCGCUCUGCUCGCCAUCUCCGACGCGCUCGACGAACACGCCACCUCCCCUGCUCACACGCCACCGACCUCGAGCUCCCCGCGCUCACCCCGUUCUUUCGUGAUGCAGCUCUCCCACCACGGCUCUAUGCGCGGCUCGCACAUAGAGGCGGGCUACUGGAUGCAGCGCGCGGCCCAUCUGUCGGACCUCGCGGUCGGAUACCGCGCGCUUUCCCAGGAGGGACAGAUGAACUUGCCCGACCAUCCGUAUAGCCUUUACGAAGGACUGGCGGGGAUGUGCUGCGCGUGGGCGGAGGUGUACAUCCGUCUGUGCGCGGUGGAGGGCUCGUCGAACGGGCACGCGAACGGCCAUUCGACGGCCAACGGGAGCCACCACACGCCCGAGCACUCUCAUGCAGGCAUGCCAGCGUACGACGACCUGACGCUGUUGGGUUGA